AGGCCAGGAAACUAAGGGGGAAAGUUCUGACUAAAAUAUAUAUCAACAAAAGCCAGGUCCUCGCCCAAGCUUGGUGAUGCAUCGUGGGUAGCCACAACACUGUGGCUCCUCUCCGGGGCCCAGCAGAGGGGACAAUUUGCUCACAAGUGCAUGUUACUGACCUCAAUGACCAUCUCCCCUUUGGAGGAAAAGAUCCGGAAAUGAGGUGACUGUGCCUCCCUACUGCUGAGGGAUCCUGUGGCCUUGUGGUCUGUCCUUGGAGGGGUCAAGGUCUUCUGAGCUUGAGGAGGUUGAGGGCUAUUGCAGGACAUGCUCUGGGACCUGCUGGGCUGGGGUAUCCACUUCUGGUCACUCUGAGGGGUCAGUUGAGAAGCCUGUCUUCUACAGGCCCUUGUGACAGCCUCUGACCUCCAGGGACCCUGUCCAGCUGGCUGAAUAGACAGAAAGAAAGGAGUCCUUCUCAGUCUUCAGUGGACCCAUCUGCUCGGUUAAAGAGCCCCAGUGGAGCCAGGGGUGGAACCAGUGUUCGGCCUGCAGAGGCCCUGGAAGAGCCAUGGCAGAUGUCUGUGACAGGGCCCCUAAUUUCCUCUCACCAUCUGAAAACCAGGCCUUGGGACCUGCCCUUGGCAGUACAGUUGCUUUGAAUUGCACAGCUUGGGUGGUCUCUACACCCCAGUGUCCCCAGCCCUCAGUACAGUGGCUAAAAGAUGGUCUUCCAUUGGGCAAUGGAAGCCACUUCAACCUCCAUCAGGACUUUUGGGUCGGCACCAACUUCUCAGAGGUUGUGUCCAGUGUUCUGGUGCUCAACUUGACCAAUGCUGAGGACUAUGGAAGUUUCACCUGCUCUGUCUGGAAUGUCAGCUCCCACUCCUUCAGUCUCUGGAGAGCUGGCCCUGCUGGCCAUGUGGUUGCAGUGCUGGCCUCCCUCCUUGUCCUGCUGGUUCUGCUGCUGGUGGCCCUGCUCUAUGUUAAGUGUCGUCUGAAUGUGCUGCUUUGGUACCAAGAUGCCUAUGGGGAGGUGGAGAUGAACGAUGGAAAGUUAUACGAUGCCUACGUGUCCUAUAGCGACUGCCCGGAGGACCGCAAAUUUGUGAAUUUUAUUCUGAAGCCUCAGCUGGAGCGGCGUCGGGGAUACAAGCUCUUCCUGGAGGACCGCGAUCUCUUGCCGCGCGCUGAGCCCUCUGCCGACCUCCUGGUGAACCUGAGCCGCUGUCGGCGCCUCAUCGUGGUUCUUUCAGACGCCUUCCUGGGCCGGGCCUGGUGUAGCCAGAGCUUCCGGGAGGGACUGUGCCGCCUACUGGAGCUCACUCGCAGACCUAUCUUCAUCACCUUCGAGGGCCAGAGGCGUGAGCCCAUGCACCCUGCUCUCCGGCUCCUGCGCCAGCACCGCCACCUUGUGACCCUGCUGCUUUGGAAGCCUGGCUCCGUGACGCCUUCCUCCGAUUUUUGGAAAGAGCUACAGCUGGCACUGCCCCGGAAGGUGCAAUACAGGCCGGUGGAGGGAGACCCCCAGACCCGACUACAGGAUGACAAAGAUCCCAUGCUAAUCGUGAGAGGACGAACUGCCCAGGGCCGGGGCAUGGAGUCAGAGCUGGAUCCAGACCCCGAGGGAGACCUGGGUGUCCGAGGACCUGUCUUUGGGGAGCCACCAACUCCACUGCAUGCAAGCAGGGUCUCCAUGGGAGAGGGCCACAGCAGUGAAGUGGAUGUCUCGGACCUUGGCUCUCGGAACUACAGUGCACGAACAGACUUCUACUGCCUUGUGUCUGAGGAUGAUGUGUAGCCCUUAUCCUGGCAGCCCAGAUCAUAGGUGGCAGCUUCCAGGGUAGAGGCAGGCACCUCUUCUCCCUAGGACCACAACCCUUGCCUGUAGCUCUGAACCUCGCGGGGAAGGAGCGUGGCUCCAGGGUGUCACAAAUAAACUUGUCUUUGCUCCUGCCUGG